AACUGCAGCACAUCCAUGAUUCAGAGUGAAAGAAGGAAGAUUCAGGCUCUGUCCAUGGUGAUCAGAGCCAUGUCAGUUUGUAGCUAGGAAAGCUAGAACACAGUGUCUCAGUUGAAGAAAAGAAAACAAAGUUUUCCCUCUUGAAAACGUGAUGACAGCAGUGUGGUUGAACUAGCUACUCCUUAUCAAAGGCAGGUUUCAGUCUUCUCAAGCAGUUGGAUCAGUGUAACUCUUAGGUCCCUUUCUUUAUGAGGAGCCCAGUCACAUGGGGUGAAUUAUAUAUAAUAUUUCUUUAACCAAGCCCAAAUUGAAAGAUGAAGCUCCAGAAGGAACCCAGGUCCAACACCCUGAUGUAAAUCCCAUCAGUUGGCCCAAGGCACCUGGGAGAUGAGCUUGCUUUAGUUUCACUGUUACUGCAAACUGAUAGAUGCCUUGGCCUAUCUUCCUGAUUUUAAAAUAAUAAUUGUGGCUGAAGCUACCAGCACAAAAGUUGUAGCAUAAAGGUAAUGUGGAGUGUAUAACCAGUGCACGUUAUCUUGGGCUGGGGAUAGGAAGAACUGCAAACAACUGCUUUAUCAGCAAUGUGGCUGUUUGAAAAAUACGUGUCUCUGCCCAAACUCAGAAAGCUAAUGCUGAGUGUAUAAAAAAUAAUCAUCCUGUUUCCAGCUUCCCACUCUUAAGCAGUCAUCAGUAAAACAAUAAUAAUCAAUUUACAGAAUAUAGAUGUUUUGUUUUCUUCAGCAUCUUUGUUGACUUUCCACAGUCUUUUAACACCAAUUAUACCCAUGAUUUGAUCUACUUUGCUUUCAUUAGCAGGCCUGGCUGCAGCAGGGUAGAGUCUGCUCCACCUUCCCUGUUCCUGCUCCUGUGCCAGUAGCACCAGUAUUGCUGUCUGUGAGCCAGUGACCUGGAUCAGAGAACUGGUCCGGGAUAAAAAUAAGUUGUGGUUUCUGGUCUGUCUGUGGUGCAGACUGGUUGCCCAGUCCCACUUACUGCAUAGCCUCACAGACAGCUGUAAAGGUAUAAAUAAGAAAGAAUCCAGAGGAAAGCAGAGCCAGCCUGAGCUGAUAGUGCUGCCAACAGAAAUGCUUGUAAGACUGUAGUUGUAGAAAGCAAAAUGGAGAUUUUCUUUUGUGUACAACACACUGAUGCAAAACACAGAUUUUCUUUCUUUCUCUGGCCCUUUCUGGUUCAUCGAUGGCUCCCGUUGCUUCCUCGGGGUGAUCAUUCUGACCUUCAGCGUUACCAGCAAGUCGCAUCUCUGUUCCAUGGAGGCAGCUGUGUUGCCCAAAGGUAACUAAAUGACCAUGGAAUCUGGAGCAGAGAACCAGCAGAGUGGAGAUGCAGCCGUUACAGAGGCAGAAACCCAACAGAUGACAGUACAGGCACAACCACAGAUUGCAACGUUAGCCCAGGUAUCUAUGCCAGCAGCUCAUGCAACGUCUUCUGCACCCACAGUGACCUUAGUUCAGCUGCCCAAUGGGCAGACGGUUCAAGUGCAUGGAGUAAUUCAGGCUGCCCAGCCAUCAGUUAUUCAGUCUCCACAGGUCCAGACAGUUCAGAUCUCCACUAUAGCAGAAAGUGAAGAUUCACAGGAAUCAGUCGACAGUGUCACAGACUCACAGAAACGAAGAGAAAUUCUUUCCAGACGACCCUCCUACAGAAAAAUUUUGAAUGACUUGUCCUCAGACGCCCCAGGAGUGCCAAGGAUCGAAGAAGAAAAGUCUGAAGAGGAAACAGCAGCACCUGCCAUCGCCACUGUUACGGUGCCAACUCCCAUUUACCAAACCAGCAGUGGGCAGUACAUUGCUAUUACCCAAGGAGGAGCAAUACAGUUGUCUAACAAUGGCACAGAUGGAGUACAAGGUCUCCAGACAUUGACUAUGACCAAUGCAGCUGCAACCCAGCCCGGCACCACCAUUUUACAAUAUGCACAGACCACAGAUGGACAACAGAUACUUGUACCCAGCAACCAGGUUGUUGUACAAGCCGCCUCAGGAGAUGUGCAGACCUACCAGAUUCGCACUGCCCCUACCAGCACCAUUGCACCAGGCGUAGUCAUGGCAUCCUCUCCAGCACUUCCAACCCAGCCAGCAGAAGAGGCCGCACGGAAGAGAGAAGUGCGUCUAAUGAAAAACAGAGAGGCCGCACGUGAAUGUCGCAGGAAGAAAAAGGAGUAUGUGAAAUGUCUAGAAAAUCGAGUGGCUGUUCUUGAAAACCAAAACAAGACACUGAUUGAGGAGUUGAAAGCACUUAAGGACCUUUACUGCCAUAAAUCAGAUUAAUUUUGGAUUCCUGUUUUCACUUGUCCAGGUGGGCUAGAGACUGGUUCUGGCUGUACCUAGAAAGACAAAGUAAACUUUUUAUUUUCUAAACAUUUCUUUUUUUCUAUGCGCAAAACUGCCUGAAGCAACUACAGAAUAUACUUCAUCUGUGCUUUGCAUCAAACUGUGAAUGUUCAAGUACUUGCCUCCACUUCUCUCCCUACAAGAUUAUUUUCAUCAUCAGUCUCAGCGUGAAGAACAGGCUUCUUUCUCAUCUACCCAUCCUCUUCAAGGAGUAACAGUGGUCAUUUGGGAAGUUACUGUGGGGAGGGUCCUUUUAUAAUGAUUUCAAGAACUUGUGCUGAGCUCUUUCCAUUGCCUUAGAGACAGAACCACCCCAGCCUCUUGGUCCAGAGAACUGUGGGCCACAAACAUGGAGCAUGCAUGGUGCAAUGAAGAAGCAAUGGUUGCCAAAUUGGUUUCACAUACUCAUUAUGAACUAUAAAAAUACACAUCUAAGCGGCAUGCCAAAUGAAAGGCGCUUCACAGUCAUGUUCCUGGUUUGGAGAUAACAUACCUUUUUCAAACUAGCCCAGGAGGGGUUUUUAUCUGUAGUCUGUAUUAAGUCCUCCUGGACUAGUAAAAACUUCUCCAUACCUCAGAAAGAAAUGCAUUGAAAUGAGCUUGACUGGUCAGUUGUUGCUUGUCGAAGCUUAUGUGUGCAAGUGUGUUCAGCAUUCUGAAUGCACAAAAAGCAAACACCAAUUUCAUAGGAUAUUGGUUGGGAAAUGGUAUUUGGGUGGGAAAGGAAUUCAGAAUAAAAAAGGUACAAUAGUGUUGUUUUGAAAACAGUCACAUAGAAGCAAGGGUCACAUGAAAGCACUGCAUAUUUGCAUGCAGAACAACUAAGCAGUUGAAGCGUGGCCAACUCCACAUACAUACUCCCUGAUGACAGUAUGGUCUGUGUCCCAAGUCCUCUCAUGCAAUGAGGUUAUUUGUUUCCCUACCACUAUCUUAUGUGAUGGAAAUUAUUGUACUCAAUGGAAACAUCAGCCUGGUUUGCUAGGUUCUUUUUCAAACUUUGAGUCUGCCUUCCAUACAUAAAUGAAAUUGCAGUAUGACAACUACCAGGACAACCUCAAAUAUUGAAGAGGUCUUCAAACACAAAUGUUCCAGCUUUUUCUUUGUGAGGGACAAUAUUAAUUAUUUGAACCUGGCCAGGCUAGCUAAAUUCUUAAUUUAUUCAGAGGAUUUUUUCAUGUAAAGGAUCACAUUUACCGAGUAAUUUAUUCCUGUAAGUAAAACUACUCAUGUGCCUCAGAUGUUUGCAAGAUCAGAUUUACUAAGUAUUAGAACUUCUCAGAAAGAAUCAUGCUCAAAAAGAACCAAAAAAGAAUGUCAAGAAGUCGUCAAAAGAAUGUGUCAGAAAGAAUCAUGUGCAGUUUGUUUACUGGCCCUCUGAAGUCAGUCUCUUGGUAUACUAACUUGGGUCAUUUGAUGGAGUAAGUUUACUUUGGGCCUCUGGUCAAAUUUUUAUGAAUAGAGACAUAGGAAUAAGACUCUGGUCUGUACUAAUGCCUUGCCUAGUGAAGUAUUAGCUAAUCUUUUUUUCCUGUUCACUCUGUCUGUUUUCAAGAUAAAUUUCAAUUGUACAAUCAGAUGAAUUAAGACAAAUUUAAGAUAAAUUUCAUUGUACAAUCAAUGUGACAUUAUAAGAAGAACGUUUGGAAGACUCUGAGCAGUGGAGUCUCAAACAGAUAAACAGUAUUAAAAGUUCUAGUUUUCUCAUUUGAGAGGGCAUUCAGUUUCCAAGAGACUUUAAAAGGAGCAGGGUUAAACUUACAGCAUUCUUGUUAUAUCUGGACUUAAACAUUUUGGAUUACAUUUGUAUUUCAAGAAGAGAGCAUAAGUAUCAGAAUUAUGAAAUAAUUAAUUUUCCAAAGUUUUGAGGGGGUUUAUAAAUGGUCUAUUUUUAUCUGCCACAGAGAAUUGAUUUUCAUGUUUUCAUUUAACAGAAGAUAAAUUUAUUAGUUUAGCAAUGCAAAUUUAAAGAAGACCCUAAAUUCUCAGCAAUGCUUUUAUAAAAAUUGUCUGAUUCUUAAAGUCAAAGAAUACAAAUACAUACAACGGUUACCAGUUUUUCAGAACUAGUUCUGAAGUAGUAAUGUUGAUAACGCAGGAGUCGUUCUUGUAAAACAUGAAGAUCAUGAUGGCCUGAUUUACACAGUUAUAUGGAAUGGUUCCUCCAGCUUUGAGAAGCUCAGAAGAGGCUGUACAUGCCUACAUUAAGGCAGUUUCUUUUGUAGAACCAUCCAUUUCCAAAAACUUGAGUUUUUGCAGUGAACCUAAAGGAGACUAGCUGUGACCUGAGAGCUGUUCCUAGCGGGUAACGAGCACUGUCUGGCGCUUGCUGAUAGUCACUCGGCACAAAGCCUGGUUGCUGAAUGGACUGGGGACCCUAAACUGGUACCUGGAUGGGGUUCUUCUGAUACAGGGUUGGUGCAAAUAGGUGCGACUGUGAGGAGAACUGUUACCGGUUUGUCUGUGCGUGGUCUGCGAGUUUAGUUUAGACCUCAUUAGCAAGUGACAUUUCACUAAGAAAAAUAACAUUAUUUUAAAGUACAUGGGGAGCUGCAAAAAUAUUUUAUUUUUAUUUGUGCUGCACUGAGGAUUUAGGGACUGGGAUUUAUUUCACAGAAAUUUUAAAUUACAGUAAUAAAAAAUUUAUUAGACCAAGAACAGGGCUGGCUAGGGUUACCCAUACAUGCUUUACUAUUUGUAUUGACCCAAAAAGGAAAGAAUAUGACACAGACAUCCAUUCAUAUGCUAUUUACCAAGUAGUGAGGUUGGGGUAAUCAGCUUCUAUAAACUAAGGCCAUUUGGAAGUAGGAUGGAAAUUAUGCUGGCAGGGGGGAGGGAGGGUUAGUUUUAUAUCUCACAGUUGUGAGUUUUCAAGAACUGAUAGCCUGUUUUACCUGAAGAGAGGGUUAGAAAGGGCUAGAUCCAUUAUGUUCAUAAUAAACAAGAAUUGAUUUGAAAUAUAAUUUUUGUAAUGUCAUUAUUUUGCAAAACAACAGCACCGAUCAGGCAGUUAAUAUAUUGUCAGAGGUGCUCUUUUAAUUUAGAUAUUCUUGGAAAAUACAUAUGUAUAAUAUAUGUACAUAUAUAUAUAUAUACACACAGUAUAUAAUCUACAGCUCUGAGAGCUUUUAAGUCAGGAAUGCUGAGUAUUAUAGUAUAUGGAGGUCAGAAAAAAUUUUUACUUUUCUGUGUGUGUCUGGGUGUGUGUGGAUGUGUGCGCGUGUGUGAAAGCCUCCCCCCGCCCCAGUAGUUCUGGGCUGCAUUAUUCUAGCGCUUAUUACUGAUUUGUUUUGUGCUGUUUCUCAGUUAUCCAUUUUAAAGAAUUUUAUUUCAACUUUCAUGGCUUUUGUGAGGUUUGUUUUUGUUUUUUAUUGAUAGAGAUUUUUGAAAUUAUGUAAACAGUUGUUUUAUAACAACCACCACCCCCCAGAAUAAUUCACUUUUGUGCUUUUUCUCUUUGGCAGCUAUGUAUCAAAGGCAAAACAAUUGGAAAGGUUGUUAAGGUGUUAUUUUCUAAAGGAACCACUGGUAAGACUUCUCUUUUCCUCCUGGGGUAGUGGCGAUGCAUUUUUAUUUAAGCAGCGAUUUCAGCAGAAUCAGGUAGUUGCCAGCACCAUUGUAUCUGAAAGCACAAUUUUAGCCUGUCGUGCUUGUCAGGACUGUACAGACACCUGUAGGUUCUGGCUAUUCCGUAGUUGGCGUUUGCAUUGUAGACGAAUGUCUUCUCCUGGUACUUGUACAUUGGUCAGAAGAUUGGUGGGGUGUUUGGAAUCAUUAAGAGGCCCAGAGAGAAAAAAAAAGUUAGGUUUAAUAAGGCAAAACAGCCCUGAUAGUUUCUGAUCGAAAUUUGUACUAUAGGUUUUUUUAAAUCUGGGCUUCCAGUAGACUGCAGCUGCAAGUAGUCAUCUGUUAGUGAAAACUGGCCACUGCUUUUUUUUUAUUGUUUUAUUUUAUUUUAUUUUAUUUUUUAAUUUAUGACAGUCAGCCAGUGCUUUCUGUGGGUUAAAGAUAAGUCUCCCCAUCAAAGCAAGUUCAGUAUCAGUGGUUGCAAAUCUAUGACAAUACAUAAAGGAUUUCAUUGGUUUUCUAAGACCCUCUUUUUAUUGUCAUUUUUUCAUCCUCAAGCUGGUUAGUGAUGUAACAUUUGCCAAUGAUCUCACCAAAAGGUCAUGUAUUUAUUUUUGUUACACUAUAUUCUUUGUAAAUGUUUAAUUAAAAUGUGCACUUUUUUAAAAAAAAAAAAAAAAAAAAAGAAAAACACAGAACAAAAAAAAUUAAGAGCAAUUGGGUGUGCUUGAGAAGCUUCCUGGCACAAUUGUUGUAAUCCUGCUGCCUGCACACAAUUCACUCCUCUCCCCGCAGCAGUUGACUCCUUUGCAAAUUUAACUUGCUGAUUAGCACCUGGCGUCCAGCAGGCAUUACUUCAAAAUGGCAGGAGAUCUGAACUGGCAGUACAGGAGACUGGAAGGAAUAUUAAGAGUGUGGUGUCUCAGAGCAGUAUGUACAGGAUGGAUGUGAAAUUAUUUUUAGAAUAGAACUAGUUCAGUGGUCCCAAGUGGGAAAGGGAGGUUAAUUUGGAAGGAAAGCUAAACUAUUUUUCAGCCACUUUAUUCCCCUUUCCUUAAUUUGAGAUUUGGCCGCAGAUUUUACAAGCUGCAUUCCAAGAAAAUAAAUCCAAAGGCUUUCCAGUUCUUUGACACCAGGAAGCAAAGGUACAUUGACAAUGUGUCACCCUGCUUUAAAAGGUAAAAAAAAAGCACAACCACCUUUCUUUUGCAGGAACAAUGAUAAUUUAGCUAUAACCCUGAAUCUGUCACUGUGAGCAGGUUUUAAAAGCUUACAGUACAUUGAUGGUUCUCUGUACUGUGCCUGGGAACUCGUUUCCCUGAGCUUUUGACUUUGCUAGAUGUAAAAGACACUGAUUUUGCAGAAACCUGAAUGUAUCAUGAAGCUUAGUUGGUCUGGGAGGAGCCAGACUGAUGAAGAGAAACAGGGUGCUGAAAUCCGAUCUACUGUGUGCUUGUGACAGGUUCAGGUCUGUGGAUGGAUGUGGCUUAGAUCUGUACAUCUCUGGGGAAAAGGGACCAGAUCCAGUGGGUAAAGAGGGUUUGCAUUUCAAGUGUUUUGCCUUGGAAUAUGGGGGGUUUUUUAAUGGAUUGAAGCUCUGGCCCUCAAAGAGACUUGCUUGGGCCAGUUGGCGUAGCACAAAUGGAAGACAGUGAGCUGUUGGCGUUCUGGCACUGCCAAUGCCGCUGGUGCAUCGCCGUACAAGCGGUGAGUUCGGGUGUCGCUUCCAGCAGCAAGAGGCAGGUGAAGCAGCUGUGCUCAGGAGCUGUGUGCUGGCGGGGAAGGGGCCAGGGACAGGCUGUAGUGAUCCACGGUUGGCGCGCUUCAUAAGCCGACCACUUGCUAUACUCACGACUUGGGAGCAGUUGGUUCACUGACUCUCAGCCUCAGCGGUGUAUUUCUCUAAAUUAGGGGAUAGCUGAGUGAGAGCACGGGGAAGGAAGGCCUUGAGCCAGUUAGUUAUCUGGAAAUGGCCACUCUUAAGAACUACGGAUGUUCGGAUGCUCUCUACAAGUUGUGUUUUAUCCAGGUGCCACUCCGUUUUUUGUGUGUGUAAUGACAUUUAUUUAUAUUAAAACAUUAAUUUUAAAAAGCUCUAGAACUUAGAGUUUGUAUGAGAUUUGAAACUGUGCUGCUUAUAUGGACUUCUAGGAAUGGGAUGGGGAACAGGGCAAGAAGAGGUGCUAGUUGGCAGCCAACCCCUCCACAGACUUGUCCACAGAUUGGUUGUUCAACUUCAAAAAUGAUUUGUUUCUACUCUGGAUUUAUAAUUUGAAAUUAUUUUGGAACAAUGUUUUUCAGGGAAGCUUCCAGAGCAAGGGUUAUUAUUCCCCCUUUGUAAUGUAAGCUGGGAAGAGUAACUUCACCUCAUUUGCAUUUCUGAUUCUUUACUCAAACCAUGUCAGCACAGAACAGGGUAUUUGAGCUUGACUCCCACAUACUUGUGGAAGUUAAAAAAGACUAAAGGAAAAUCCAUUAUUGGGGGAAAAUAAAUUCUUAUUUACAUCUCCCCAAAAAUCUAGGAACAUCCCUGUUUGUUUUUUUGUUUUGUUUUUUUUUUUACUUAUUUUUUUGUGCUUUAUCUGUGUUUUUAAAAAAAAAAUGUACUGGGUUAUAAUGCAUUUUAUUAACACUAUGUACAUACUAGACGCUUUGUGUUUCAGAAUGGUAGUAAUUGCUUUGUAUAUUAAAGUGAUUCUUGUGAAUUUGUGAAUUAUUGUCAUAAAGAAGUGCUUUUUCUUACUGUAACCUUUGUGGUAUAAACUGUCAUAACUCCCUUUUUACACAAACAUUUACGUGCAGUCACAUAAACAUGCUUUAAAAAACUC